GACAACUAACCUGACCAAAGACGGGGGCGAGUGCCAUUCGGACCACGACUCCCGCGCGGCAUUCUUGUUUGGGGGAUGAGCAACAAGCCCAAACGGCCGAAGUACGAGACAGUCUCGUACACGCCGCCCACACCCCAAGUUUUUGGCAACGCCGCACCUGUGGAUUUGCCCACGAAGUCUUCUGGCAGUUCGUCCUUCAGUGUAGAUCGGCCGAGGAACCGGCCCAAACUUCAAGACCGCUUGGCGGUGUAUGAGGAUGACAAUCCUCGAUGUCAACAAAUCAUUUGUGCAGUGGGCGUGCUUUUCCCACCUCUUUGGCUGGUGGGCGCAGUCAUGUACGCGACAACGCCUGCUUCGAAGACUGCGUCUCGGGAGGCAGGCUUCAAGAACUUGGUUUUGACGAUCAUCCUCACAGUUCUGCUGUUGGCGGUUGGUGUGUACAAGUUUGUUGGCUCAGGCUAAAUCACAAAUCCAAAAAUUGGUCAAGCAAACAUGAACAAUAUCAAAUAACUGUUUAAUCAAAAAAAAAAAACUUUACUUCGAGUGAUCCCCACCGUGACAUUUCAAUCAGUUGUUUUCAUGCCAUAGUGAGGCACAUGUUGCCAU